AUGUUACCAUUCGCCUGGCCAUACGCCGAAGAACAAGCCGUGGGCUACUGGGGCAAGCCGCUGAGCACCAUCGACUGGUGCGAAUUGAACUACGCGGUGACCCCCUACAUCGCCGAAGCAGUCAACACCGUGACCAACGGCGCAUUCAUGUCGCUCGCGGUGUUUGCAAUCUUCUCGGCCUACAGCAACAAGCUCGAGCUCCGCUUCAUCGUGACCGCAAUGGGGUUUUUGCUAGUGGGGAUCGGCUCGUGGUUGUUCCACAUGACGUUGCGGUACGAAUACCAACUCUUGGACGAAUUGCCCAUGCUAUACGCCACGAUUGUCCCCUUUUGGUCCGUUUAUUCCUCGUUCCAGUCCCGCACCACCAGCACCAUCAUCGCCAUCUCCAUCUUCACCGCUACCACCGCGUUGAGCUACGUCUAUCUCUACGUCUACACCAACCCGACCUUGCACCAAGCCGCGUACGCCGUGUUGAAUUUCAGCAUCAUUUACAAGUCCUUGGUGUUGAGCUGGCAACACGUCCACGACAAGAAAGUCCGCAGCCAAAUGGACGGGGUGGCCAUUUUCGGCGUAGGGAUCUUUUUGUUUGGCUAUUUUCUUUGGAACUUGGAUAUCCAUUUCUGCGAUGAAGUGAGACUGAUUCGCCAAGACUGGGGCAUACCCUAUGGGUUCAUCUUGGAAGGCCAUGGGUGGUGGCACAUCUUCACGGGCACGGGGGUCUACUUCAGCUUGAUCUAUGAGGAGUAUCUAAGAUGUUUCAUUAGAGGCACCGACAAGUUUUACACUUUAAAGUAUUAUUUCGGCUUCUUACCCGUUGUCCAUUGCAAGGAUCCGUGGGGGUUGGAAAGGUAUUUGGCGGUUCAGAAAUUGGCUGAAGCAGACAACGAAGACGCAAAGCAUCACCAACAUGAUUUGAAAGUGAAGCAGCAUUGA